AAUGGGAUCUACGCCAGCGAUGGGAUAAGGAAUGGUUCGCCAGUUAUUUUUAGUUGUAAGCACUCCAGACGCACCGCCUUUUCGUCUCGCCGCUCCCACUUAUCAUACAAAAAUGGAGAGUCCUACUCUACCUAUGUCAAUGGAUAGGGAUUCACUUCACCAGCUGAUGGGUGAAAUCGAUACAGUUUUACUUGACUGUGACGGAGUUUUAUGGCAAGGAGCUCAGGGAAUGGAUGUUAUUCCUGGGGCACGAGAAACUGUUCAGAGGUUCCAUGAUCUGGGAAAGAAAGUAUUUUUCAUAACUAACAAUUCAACCAAGACGCAAGAGAGCUACUAUGAAAAAUGUAGCACGCUAGGAUUUCAUGUUGAAAAGGAUCACAUUCUUAGUGCUCCAUUUAUUCUUGCUCAGUAUUUAAAGGAAAUCGGUUUCCAGAAGAAGGUUUAUGUGAUUGGUUCACCAGGUCUUGCAGAAGAAAUGAACAAAGUUGGAGUUCGAACUACUGGAGUUGGACCAGAGAAAAUUGAGGGCUCCAUAUAUAAUGCCGUAAAUGAUGGUUCAUUAGGUCUUGAUACAGAGGUUGGAGCAGUAGCUGUUGGUUUUGACAGAGACUUCAAUUAUGACAAAAUGGUUCGUGCUACCAGCUACUUAGCAGAUCCUGAGUGCUUAUUCUUGGCAACAAACACAGAUGAAAAGUACAAGGUUGUAGGGACCAGGUAUCAUUUACCAGCUGCUGGCAUUCUUGUUGCCUGUAUAGAGCAGUGUUCGGACCGGCCUGCACGUAUCAUGGGCAAACCUUCCAUGAAUAUCUUUUAUAUGCUACAAGCGCGUCAUGGUGUCCAGCCAGAGAAGACCCUAGUUAUCGGAGACACGCUUAAUACUGACAUCAUGUUUGGUAAUGAGUGUGGUAUGUGGACCAUCUUGGUACUAAGUGGUGUAUCCACCCUCCAGGAUGCUCGCCAGCUUUCCUAUACUCAGGACCCAAGGAAGCAGAAACAGGUGCCAUUGUUCUAUUUGAAUUCCAUUGGGGAUAUAAUCAAACUUUUGGAUGAAGCCACCAAUCAAGUCAAUGAACAAGAGCAUUAGCCCUUGUACGGUCAAACUUGCAUCUGGGGUAGUUAUAUUCUUAAAUGAAGAAAGGUUUUGCUUUUUAGUAAGAAAAAAUCAAAAUGUGCCUUAGGGGUGAGUAUAGAUCCUCAAUUUGUCAAUUUUUAGCUUUUAUCUUUAGAAUGGUAGAAUUUACCAAAUAAUUAUGAAUUAUCACAUGAAUUUUAGGAAAUACCAUUUACACAGUAUAAUAAUUGUAUAAUGUAUAGUUCAUCAGGGUUUGAUUAAUUUAAAUUACACAAUUUUCAACCAUACAGGAAAUAAAUUUGAUAGAUGACUCAAUGCUAUGUAUAGUUAGCACUGCAUUACAUAGCAUUUUCCAAUUUAUUGAUGUGUCAAUAUUUAACAGUAUGAUGAAGUGCUGAUGUGGAAUAAACACUUAAUGAUGAUCAUAAUAAAUGUGACAAACUCUUGAAAGCACUGGAAGCACUAUCCUUUGCAUGAAGCUGGAACACACAUGACUUAUGAAUACAUAUAUGAGAGUAUAUUGGUCUUGUAUGUGUGAAUUACAUUAUAAUUUGCAUUAAAUUUUGUAUCGUUUAUUCAGUAACUUGGGUUUUCUAUAAUUUUACAUCAAUAUAGUAUUCAAACUAGUUUUAUAUAGUUUUACAGUCUUGUGUUGGUAGUUUUACUUAGGUAUUUUAGUUAUAUUUUUACUUUGUCAUGAUCAGCAUGUUAAAUAUGAAGGUGUGACAUUACUAUUAUACACUGUAGUCGAGAGCUUGCAGGAUUUCAGUUUCUCUUGUUUUAAGCAUUGCACCACUGUAAUGAAGGCUUUUGGAGUUUAUCAUUUCAAUGAAGUGCUCAUGGAGGCUUUUGUGCCAAGGUCAUGGCAAUAGCAAAUGUUGAACUUCUCUUGAAUGUAGGUUUUCAUUAUUUGGCAUUUCAGUUUUCACAUUCACUGUUUUCUAAGUAAGGCAAGACAUCAGUGAGAAUUUUGGUCUCUAAGAUAGGCAGGAAAUUGAUCGCUAAAUAUUCCCAAGUUGUUGCUUUUUUGCUAGGGAGCAAUCCAUUUUAGUUAUCCAGUGAGACUAUGGCAGUGUAGCAGUCUGUCACCAAAAAUAUUUCAGGUUUUUAUUAUACAAUACUCUUACUUUGGUUAAUAUAUGUGUUACGAAGGAUUAAUCCAUGAUUCCAGAGUAACAUGGGGUUAUUGAAUUUAGUAUACACGAGUUAGGUUUUCGUUUUGUAUAUUUUGCAUAGAAUGUGCUUUAGUAUAUGUUAACACUAGCAAUAACUCAAAAUGUGUGCAACUUUAGGUGCUUCUAAGUGUUUUUAGGUUUAAAUAGUAGGGAUAGCUUUACUGUAUUUUAUACAGGAAAGCUUUUAAAAUUCAGCACUGUCAUAAAGAUUUUGUAAAACUCAAGAAUAUUCAGUUUAAAUUGAAGAGGAAUGUACAGUGGUUUGUGUUAUUUACAAUGAAAGUUAUUAGCACAGCAGCUAUACUUUAUGCAAAGUACAAAGUACAGUAAAUUGUAACUGUAUGAAGACAUAAGGUUUGAAAUUGUUACCUAACAAAUCAGUAAUAAUUUUUGCCGAUUAAAUCUGGGAAGUAUAUUAGCUCAAAAUUUAACUUCUGUGUAAAGAUUGAAAUUUUACAAUGACUUCCAAAAUAAAUAGAUAAUUAUUGCACAGCAUCACAUACAGAAGUUGUGCUUUCCUAAAUAAUUUUCAUAUUUUAGUCAUUCUUUAGUGCUUCCAUACAGUUCAAAGAGAGUAUCAGAUUUAAAAUGUAUUUAUACAAAUGAAAUUUGUAGUCUUUUCAUAUCUAUGCAGCUAGUUUAUCAGUUCUUGAUCUGUGAUAUAGCACAAUUAUGCAACUAAUUUUUACAAAAAAGUUCUUAGAACUGUGAUACAUAAUAUACAGUCAGUUAUAUUAAUUUGUAUGGUUGUUCAUAUUGAACAGCUGUAUAUUUAAGAAACCUAAGAUAUAUACGUACAUGCAGAUGACAGAUUGACAUGAGAUGGAAUAAUAAGUGAGUGUGUGAGAGAAAGCUAUCAAAAAAUGAAUUUUGCUUUUCAUUUUCUUUGCAAUUUUAUUUUCUAUCAAGAAAUAGUUAACCAUAGGAUUGCAGGAUAGAUUUAUCAGGGGUUUCUCUAGGAAUGAAGAAACAAGACAGUACUAAUUAAGUAACUCAGUAGAUGCACAGGGUCUUCAUGCAUCAGGUAUCAGAACCAUCUACUAAAAUUUGCAAAAUUCCAAUAUCCAAAGAUGGGAAAUCAUUAUUCCCUUCCCACUGUAAAACUUAAAUUUUACAUUAAGUAGUGAUAAAUACCUAAAGGACAUUUUGUAAGAAAUGCAUCUUCAAAGCCUUAAGCUACUAGUACAAUUGAUUUCAGGUUGACCAUCCAAAUCUUAGUGUUACCUACAUAUCAUUACCCAAUAGGUAGGUCUUUGUGCUCACCUUUGCUGACUUUAUUUUAACGAAAGGUUGAAAAAUAGUAGAAUGUUGAGCAAUUUCAGCUUUGUUUUUUUUAUACACAAGAAUAGUUUAAACACUUGCCUCAAUAGAUUGGAAUUGUGGUGUAUAAACCAGUUCAAUUUUUGUUUUAAGUUAUAGUAGGCAAUUGAUAUAUUUUUUGAGUUUGGGUACAUUAAUUAUUAGGCAGUUCCAGACCACAUUCAAAACAUGACUAUAACAUAUCAUGACUUUCAUAGGGCUGGGGUAAUGCGUUAUUUUUUUAUACUUGUACUAAAAUUCAAAUUAUUAUUUGAUAAUUGGUUAAGUGUUAUUUGCAGUUCUUUAUAAAUUUGAUAAUUGGUUAAGUGUAAAAUAUAGAAGACUGGUUUUUCCUUAAUUGAAUAUCUUCCCAUACUUGACAUUUGCUGUGAAAGUACAAUUUUUUUAACUCUUAAGUUUUUACCUGCCUUCUCUGAAUAUAAAGAUUGGGACUUGUGUGUUGGUGUAGUUAAUGGGUUAACUGAUCAGUUUACUAAUAUGAAGUUAGUAUAGAAUUGCAUCAACAUGACACUUUUGUUUUGAAGAAUAUCAUAAUGCCAUGAUUGGUUUGAUCUAUUGUGAUCACAUGUAUUCCAAAAGUUUUGCCAGCUAGUAAAGUAGAUGAGUUUUAAACUUUUUUGAACAGUUAAUAUUGGGAAUGGUCAUUUGUGAUCUGUUCAUAGUGGUUGCCACUUCUGGUGCUUGUCAGCAUCUUCUUUUCCCUUUAUGCCUUCAUGGACAGGGGUCCCACAAGGAAUAAACAAUGAAGGUCCAGUAACAUUGGACUUACACAGAACUGCUGUCUUUCUUGGAUGCCUGAAGUUUUUUUAUUGGUUUACCAGUGUAUUAAGUCAAUUAGAAUAUUUGCAAUUGCAAAGUUUGAAGCAUGUUUUGUAUACAAACUGUACCAAUAACCCAUGGAGCAGGGUCUCCCAUACUAGUUGAACAAUUACGUAAUAAUCGUAAUAUAAUGGGUUAGCUUUUAUAAUAGACACUUUCUAAUGAUGAGAUCUUGUAUUCUGCUACAAAGUAAGACUGACUGCGCAAAACUCAUAGCCCAAUAAUGUCAGUGCCAUCAUAAGUUACAAUUUGCUAAGUAGAAGGAAAGUUUGCAUUAUACCAUUUGUAUUUUAUUGUCAUUGUGUUGAAUAUGUUCAUAAAGUUCAUUUUUAAUAUGUCAAUAUAGCCAAAAUUGAAAGUUUUAAGUGCUGGAUUUUUAACAUGUGUUUUGUAUGGGGUAUGUGGACAUCAUAUAGUUUUUUGUUGAUGGUUAAAUUUUAAUGAUAAAGUCAUCAUUCAACUUCAUUAAGGUAAAUAAUUUACAGCUUUAACAUGCUUCUUUAUGUCAAUUAUCAGUAUGUAUGAUGUCUGGCGUUUAUCUCUGUAGUAGUAGUAGUAGUAUAGUUACUAUAAUUAACAUUAGUUGUGAUGUAUUCUAGUCAGGUUCCUUUUAAGCAUUACAAAGGGGAAAAUAGGGUGCAAGAAACACAGUAUUCUAAAAGAUCAGUGAUAUUUUUUGUAUUGUAAUUGUGCUAAUGUUGAGUAACUUAAAUUAACAUCUAGUCAGUGAAAUAAAUAUCUAGUCAACUGUCUACAUUAGUUUAAGAUUACAUUGACACUUCUGAAAGUCAAUAAUGUAUAAGCAUUUUGAAUUUUAUGUAAUGCUGUCUAUAUAAGUGGUUCUUUUAAAAUGUUUAUGUGAAUCAAGAAAAGUUUAUUUGGCUUUAAAUCUUUGGGAUGCAGUAAUGUACUUAGGAUAAUAAAGAACCAGAGGUAUCACUUUAAAAAUAAAUUUCUCUUGGCA